GGGCCGGGACGGCACUGCAGAAGCAGGCGAGUUCGCGAGUGUAUCGAUUUUACGAUCGUGCCUCUCUCGCGGUGCUAGUGCGUCCGUCGUUUCCUUUAGUUUUUUAGUGGCCGUGCACGUCGUACAUGGAUAAAACCGUGAAUGGGAUUACCCGCUAGACACGCCGCUCCGUACAUCGCCCGCUGACUCGCAACUCCUCGUCACCCUUCACCAUGACCAAGGAUAGAUUAGCAGCCCUCGUCGCGGCCCAGUCGGAUGACGACGAUGUGGCGGACGAUGUGUCCGUCAACGUCGGGGCGCCGGAUGAUUUCAUGACGGAAUUCUUCGCGGAGGUGGAGGAGAUUCGCGAAAUGAUAGAUAGGAUCCAGACGAAUGUGGAAGAUGUGAAGAAAAAGCACAGCGCCAUUCUCUCCGCGCCGCAGACCGACGAAAAGGUGAAACUGGAGCUCGAGGACCUAAUGUCCGACAUCAAGAAAACUGCUAACAAAGUGAGAGCUAAAUUAAAGGUGAUAGAGCAGAACAUCGAGCAGGAAGAGCACACGAACAAAUCGUCGGCGGAUCUGAGGAUACGCAAGACCCAACACUCGACGUUGUCCAGGAAGUUCGUCGAGGUGAUGACGGAGUACAAUCGGACACAGACCGAUUACAGGGAACGGUGUAAGGGGAGAAUACAACGACAGCUCGAGAUCACGGGGAGAACGACCACCAACGAGGAGCUCGAGGAGAUGUUGGAGCAAGGAAAUCCAGCCGUCUUCACGCAAGGGAUCAUCAUGGAAACGCAACAAGCAAAACAGACUCUUGCGGACAUCGAGGCGCGUCACGCUGACAUCAUUAAACUCGAAAACUCCAUCAGGGAGUUACACGACAUGUUCAUGGACAUGGCUAUGUUGGUGGAGAGUCAGGGCGAGAUGAUAGAUCGCAUAGAGUACCACGUGGAACAUGCGGUGGACUACGUGCAGACGGCCACGCAGGACACCAAAAAAGCACUCAAGUAUCAAAGCAAAGCCCGACGGAAGAAGAUCAUGAUCAUGAUUUGUCUCGCCGUGUUGGGCGUUGUCGUCGCUACCACCAUCGGCGGAUACUUCGGACUGUGAACGCCAAAAUUAGAAAAGUCCAAAGACAUCAGCAGCAUCGUGUACCUAAUUCCGAACCGCCGGCAAUAUCAGCAUUCAUUCAUAUCGUUCCGAUACGUGAAGCUGAUCGCCAUUCGGACGAGAGGAGAUCGUCAUUGUCAAAGGUGCCAUCAUCGGCGCGCUUCUCGUAACCCAUCAUCGCUAGAGCCUUCAGUCUGUCACGUGCGUUCCCCAAUUUGAAGGAAACCAAAGAGAAGAAGGAUAAUCGCCGUCAUCGUCCUCAUCAUCCUCGUCGUCGUCAUCGUCAUCGUCGCUACGUUUACGUCAUCCUCGUCUCGAAGGUUUCCUCUGAUAAUGCGUUAGUUGCGUUUGGUCGAAACGAGUAUGAAGAGAGAAGACAGAGAGAAAGAGAGAAAACAAAGAAACAAGUUUUCCUUGUUUUUAUAUUAAUUCGAUCAACAGUUUUUCCAAUAGAUUCGCCUUUAGCAGUCAAUCCCAGUUCUCCUUUCCUGCUAUGUCACAACGAAGCUCUCUUUAUGUUCACGUAUUCAUCGGUCUUUUUCCUUCUCACCCCUUCCCUGCCGGUUCUCUUCUCACGCGGCAAAAACGAGAUAACAGGAGGCCUCGCGAAUGGAACGGGCUCUGAGAAACAUGAAAGACGCUUGUGUCUAGAAGGAGAAUCGUCGAUUGGAGAUACGCAUGCAUCAUCGAUCAAGCGACAUUUUCGAUCGACGCUCUCCUUCCCCCUUUCUCCUCCCUAUUUCCGAUUGUCAAGAGGACGUCAUCGUGAAACGCGUUAUCGCCGGAAACAUGGCGGUACGUCAUCCUUUGCGUAUCCGCCUCGUUCCAGCCCGGGCUCGACACCUAAUGAUGUUAUUUUGUGUAACGCGAAGACGGCAAAUGAUACGUGCUAUCCGUCUUUCUCUUAUCGAAAGUACGACGCAUGAAAUCACAGGAAAAUCCCUUUUCCUUUACUGUGAUUUGCACACUGAAAAUUUGAAAACGAAUGUCACUUUUCGGAGUCACAUUCUGAAGGCGCGUUUCGCUCGCUGAUCCGAUUUCUUAUAUCUGCUUAUACACGAGAGAUAAACCGCUGACCAAAACAUUUGUACGCGUGAUAUCCAGAUAUUAGGUCGUAAUCUCCACGCGCUAAUGAAUCACGAGAAUACGUUUCUAAAAGACUAGAAGCACUAACUUAUAUAUUAAUAUUUGCGAUAAUUUCUAGUUGGUUCCUAUGGCACACAUUUUGCAAAGGGAACCGUCUCAAGCUUCAAACGAAUUUUUGUAAUCUCUUUUCCUCGGAUAGAAAAGCUUUAGCGUGGAUAAACUGUUUUCACCAAUAAGGAAAAAAAAACAGUAGAUACUACUCAUGAGGAAUUAGCACAUGUGCUAAUUUCUAUUAAAUAUCUCGACCAGCGGUUUAACCCUCGGCUUAAACAUAUCACGCUUACUUUGAGCAACGUUUUCGACAACUCUACACUACACCUCUCUGUAUCUGGACAGUCAUGAGGAAUCGGCUAGGUGAUGUUUCUCCGUCACAAAAAAAAGCAGCGUAUCGCGAAGUGUCAAAUUUGUCGCUCGAGAAUCGCCGUAGCUUAGGGUAGAUUGCACUAGUAUUGGUUAACCACGAUCCGUGAAAUUCUCUUUUCACGCGUGUAAAAGACAGCAAUGCAUUUAAUAGUGUACAGUUAGAGGCCCUAGAGAGCCUAUAAUGUAAUUAAUUAAGCAUUCCCCUUCUUACAUUCCACUUCUCUUAUUACUCGCCAAUCAGAUAUCAGUUAACCAAUACUGCUGGUGCAACCGACCCUCGAUUUAUUUACGAUGAUAAAGAUAUCGACGUGUGAGUAAUGUGAUUUUUAUAACGGGUACUUUAAUAGAGAUAAAAAAAAAGAUGCUUUACAUACUCUCUCGUUUGUAAUAAUGACGGCUCAUUCGUGAAGGUAUUUCGACCAAUAGGUGUUCAGUGAGAGAAACAAUCAAUUCUUCCAGUAUUUCUAUUUAGCUGUAAUUAGCGGGAUAUCAAUCGCGAUAUAGCGAGGUGUAGACAAAGCGAUUGUGUCUUUUUAUGGGGCAUGACGCGAGACGGUUUUCUUUCUUUCAGAAUGUGACCGAGAGAAGCGACGACGAUUGUCCAAGCGCGCGUCAUGAAUAUUAAGAGUAGAUUUAAUUACGAAUAAUAUACGCGAGAUAUAAAUAAAUAGAGUCACUUCUAGUCGAUUUAUUUUUUAUCUUCACCGAAUUGAUAAAUUUGCUUUGAUCUUCGUGUUGCACAAUAUGUCAUUAGCGCUAUUGGAUGCGAUGAUCAAUAAUAAAUCUUCAAUCGCAAUUCGCGCGCCUUGAACGACAGUUGUUUCGCGUCUUCUGUAAUCUCGACGAACCCUCGGAAAAAGUAAUAUCCUGUCUGUUGUUUCUCAAAUACUCGACAAGUAUAACUCCUCUCGUAUUUCGCAAGUUUUAAAAAUUUUGCCACACUCAGUUGUAUAUAUAUAUAUAAUUGAUUUAAUUUUGUAAAUUGUACUUGCAACCGAUAGAAAUUAUUUUUAAUCUUACUUUUCAUCGCUUGUAUAUUUUUUUUUUUAGCAGUUUUGUAUCUUAAAACCAUGUAUCCUUAAAUGCCUGCGCAGAUCAUCUUUCGUUGUUUUGCGAGAUCAACGUUGUGCAUAAAACGUGAUAUUGCGAGAUAUGGUACAACUUACAAUAUUUUUUCUGCCUAUGCAAUUUUCUCAAAAUUCACCUCAAAUUAUACAAGGGUUCUCGAAAUCGAACAUGCGAAAACUGUAUCAUUUCGAAACGAUUAACCCCAAGGUGGAUGAAGCAAGAGAAGGUACGACAAGUGGAGAAGGCAACAAAUAGUGAAAGAAAGUGCGACUGUACGUAUAUAUGUGCGCGCGCGUGUGUGUGCGUAUGUGUGCGCGCGUGUGUGUGUAUGUGUAUGUGUAUGAGAAAUAAAAGGAGCCAUUAAGCUGCAGCAAUAAUAUAAUAUAUAGGUGUGUUAUGGAAAAAUAAUUAAAAAAUAUAAUCUCAUUGGACGGAAUGAGUAAGAAUGAGUUCAAUGCGAUGAACGAUAUUGUAUGUACACGGACAUGUAUACAUAUAUACAUAUUAAAAAAUAUAUAUAUAUAUAAAUAUAGCUAGAUAGAUAGAGAGAGCGAGAGAGAAAGAGAGAGGUCAUGUGAUCGAGGAGAGAAAAAAAUAAUAUUAAUAACGACAAUUAUAUCGGCAGCCUAUUAUAUUACUCCUCGACAGAUUAAUGUAUCGGGCGGAGUGUUGGCAGCGUUAAUGUUAAUGUUUUGUUGAGUAUAUUACAAUUAUUACGAACGUUGAGGUGCAUACAUUCUAGAGAAGAUUAUGAGUUGAUGUUUGAAGCGAAGAGGAAGUAGUAGAAAAAAUGAAGGGAGAAUAUAAAUCGGUGGACGAUUACGAUUUAUGCAACGCACGAUUUAAACUGUGCGUCGCUGUAAUAAUUAAUAUUAAAUAAUAAUUACGAUGAUUAAGAAGAUAUUAAGAUCACACCUUGCAUUGUACAGAAAGCAUAAUAAUUGUUAGAUUAGGUAGAGAGCAAGCAUUACGAUCUACUAUCUAAUUAUAAUCCACAAUACGACUAAGAUGGCUAAGAUUUAAUCGCGUAAUCCCUCUGUCACGAGUUACGACGGUCGUCGAUAUAGAUACAUCAUUCUCUCUGAUAUUUAUUAUCUGAUUAAUCAAUGGAUUUCGUUGAAGAGAGGAUGUCUUUGCGCUCAUUCGUGUCGAGAAGCUCCAAGAAAGAAAGUUACUCGCAAGAAAAGAAGGGAAGAUUUUCUUUCAGUCAAGUCGGGGAAAAUGAAGAAGAUAUGCAUAAGAAUCGCGCGGACGCGAAAGCGCGUCCUUCUCGUUUCAAGCUACGAUUUCAUCUCUUUCGCGUUGUACUUUUCUCGUGCGCUUCAUCGAGUCGCCUAACUUAACGUAUCGCGUAGAGUCUUACACGAGAAAGAUGCAAACAUUUUCCUUCUUCCCUAUGAUUUAAUCCGCAUGGGUUUUUAUCAUGGGUAUAUCCUAUAUUUUGCGCGCGAUCGUUUUACUUUACAAAAAUCUGUCAUUUCCGUAACAGAUCGUCGUGACGAGAAGUCUCUGCUUUCGGAACUACCCGAUAUAAAUCCCGCUAAAUCCGCAACGCGGACGCAUCUCCUCCGACGCAGUCUCGGAUCUCGUAAUUUUAGCUUUAUAGCGAACUCUUCGUGGUAGGAAUUGAAUAAACCUACACCUAUCGUCGUCAAUUUCUUAUUAUUAGAUGAAAGCAGGGAGAGAGAUUCUAUAUGAGUGACAUUGUAGUCUUAUCGGUGCACAACAGCCGAAUGUACGUUUAAACGAAUCUGGCCUAAAGAUAUAAAGGAACAUCGUUCGCGUCUCCACGUUGUUAUUGAUCGAUCGAACGAUGUCAUCCCGACGUCCACCUUCGUCAUUCGGGAUCAUUCCAGUUUUCAGAUCAAGGUCGGACGUCCCGAUGUCCAUUUCAGUCUCAUCUUUAAUCUUUCAGUCUAAGUGACUUUAAUCGUUUUUUGAUCUCGUUCGUUUUAACAUUCGGAAUCCUUUCUUUUCGCGCUCGCGAUUUCGUCGUCGCGUCAUAUCAUCAGUUAAGAUGCAAGAGAGUAUAAUCGGAGCAGGCGAACCUCGCAGCAUUGACAGAGUUGUGUCUUAUUAUAGGAUCGUGAUAUUGGUGACAUGGUUGGGUUUUAACGUCGCGAAUGUGCGAAACGUUCCGCGUUUCGCGUACAUUCUUCUUGCGAGCAUCACAAUUAGGUAGCUAAUCGCGGAAGCUGACUCGUCUUCCUUGAGAAUCUCUAUGUCCUGAGAGCAUAAGCUGCUCGCUUGUGUCGAUACACGAGUUAUAAGAAACAUAACGAGCAUAAUAAGCCCGGUCACACAAUAUUUCCGUGUUCUCGAUUAUAUUUAUUCGUCGCGAUUAGCUAGAGUAUAUAUAUACGCGGGUGUUCGAGUAGAAAGAAAGAGAGAAAGAGGAGGGAAGAAACUGGAAAGACAUCGUUUAAUCAUUAAAUAAGCUAUUUUAUUGCAUUUGUACGUAGAAUAGAAUAGAAAGAUUGCAGAUCGAUCCAAGAAUCUUCGGACACGCGACCCAUUUGCGGAUGUGUAGACACACGUGGAGGAGAAGAAAAGAAGAGAGAGACACGUGCGAUCAAGAGGGAUCGAUCUGAACGUCCGUUGAUUGAUGUCAUGUCGGUGCAAUUAUUAAAUACGAGAGAGGCUA